GCUAACAAAACGGCUCGUUCAAGUCAACGGUAUUUCAAGUCUAGCAAUUGCAUAGAAGAGCCUAAGUUAUAGUCGCGUGCUUGUACGGAAGAAAUCCUAUCGUUCACUUCUCUAAGAAGCCUUAGAAAAUAAGUAUUAAUAAACCAGUGCUGCCAUCGUAGUAUUUUGAAGAUCUUAAGGGAAAAGUUAAUAAGAACUGAGGUCCAGGUACCGCGUUUACGGCAGCAUUGGUUGGUUAUUCACGUAGAUCGUCGGCGCCGUCACAGGCUGCACCUUGGGCUGGGCCAGUUCUUUGUCCUGUUGAGAUUGGAUGACAGUGGCAGUGGUCCCAGCUGCAUCAGACACGUCACAGCCCGUCGCGUGGCACUUGCUCGAGAGGCAGGAGAUGGUUGGAUGAAAAAUCAAAACCAAAAAAAAAAAAAAAAAAGGUUACAAAAGUGUUUCUUUGUAUGCUUGUAUCCACCAGCUGUUAAAGCCUGAUAUCUCGUGAUUGGCCUGUUUACUUCACGUGUGUUGUCGUACGUUAACCACACCAAAGAGAUCCCAGAAAGAGUUUGUUAAAAGAUACCCUCUGUAUAAAACAAAACAGUCAUGUAGACACCUCAGAUGUCAUUCUACUAAGAAAAGUCUGUAUCUUGUCGAGACCCUGAGCUGCGAACUCUGCCAGUACGACGAAGAUUAAGAGGUGCCACUUUAGAAAAACAAAUACAUAAAACCCAGCAGCUUAACCAUGAACCCGAUGUGUCCCGGAGACCCAGGAGCGGCUAUGAUGAGUAUGAUGACCCACAGUCACCACGGCGGAAGUCCCAUGAUACACAUGCAGCCCCAACCUCAUCCAGCACAACACUCCACAACUACAAGUACCGGCGGAGGGCGCUCCUGCGCCGGAUGUGGUGGCAAAAUCAUGGACAGGUUCUUGUUACAUGCUAUGGAUAGAUAUUGGCACACAGGAUGUCUGAAAUGCUCGUGUUGCCAAGCGACCCUUGCUGACAUCGGAAGUUCGUGUUUUACAAAAGGUGGAAUGAUCCUCUGUAAAAACGAUUACAUCCGCAUGUUCGGCAACACCGGUGCCUGCAGUGCCUGUGGUCAGUUGAUCCCUGCCAACGAGUUCGUCAUGAGGACCCACGGGAACGUGUACCACCUCAAAUGUUUUGCUUGCGUCAAGUGUCAUAACCAGUUGGUGCCAGGUGACCGCUACAACUUGGUCAACGGCAGUGUCUUCUGUGAACAGGACUGUCUGAAAAUCCUUAAAGGCUCAGUGUCGACGUCUGGUGUACGAAAAGGAAAGGUUCGGUCCAACUCAGCCAUAAAAGCUGUGUGAGAGCAUUAUCUCCUUUACUUGUAUUCACAGAUUUUUAUAAGAGUGACUUAUAUAUAUAUAUACAAACAAGUAUAGGCUUCAUUGACGCUAGUGUUAUUAUUUGUUCAUCGGACUAAAGCGUGUUACUACAUCUUGUAAAUCAUGUUUCAGAAAAACUGUUGAACUGCUGGAUCGUUCGAGUCGUGAUCAAGUAAUGUGUAUUGUUGGACGUGUAAAUCAUGGCAGCGAGUAAACAAAUACACUGUGUUACUGGAUGGUUUAAAUCACAAUUUUGAUUGAUGAAGUAAAGUGUACUUAGAGAUCGUAUAGAUAUGACGGCUAUUUAACACGUAAUGGAUACUGCUAGAUUGAAUUAGUCAUGUCGUUAACGGUGUUUUGUUGGAUCAUGUAAAUAAUGAUUUUGAUUGAGCAUGUAAAGUUUAGUGAUUAUCACAUCACGCCUUUGACUUAACAAGUAUCCCAUCCGUUUUGUUUCGAUCUCAUAUAUUACUGAGUCAUGGUCAGUGGAAAAUUAACUUAAAAGGCAGUUCGAUAUAUACUAAGUCUGAUCGAAGGCUUGAAUCAAAUAUCUGUUUUAAAAGGUUUUAAUGGUUCAGGUAAACAAACUCUAAAGUUUUAAAAGAUCUUUCAAAAUUGCAAGAUUAAGUAAUGAAGGAAUUCGUUCAACUUUUUGUGUAACUCCGAUCUUCACAGCUAACAACAGCAGCACGAAUCGGAUCAUCAAACCAAAAAAAAACAUGAAUAAGGGAAGCGCAAACCACUGUUGCUCAACUUGGUUUGAUACUUUUGGUUGUUGUUUUUUUUCCUAAUGUUUUGAGGUCUUGAUUUACGAGUUUACAGCGGUUUAAAUGUUGAGACUGAAAUAAAAUCAUCAAACAAAUAUUUAAUAGUCUAAUUAAAAUUCUUUGUUUAACUAAAGUUUAUUGGUGCUACAGUGACUACAAACGUUCUGUCUUGAAUCACCAUCAUCAACAGUCAUUUUGUUUCAAAGUUUUGAGGAAAACUUACCAUCCAUCAUAUAGUAUUUACUUGAAGGUGUGCACUCUGAGGUAAGUCCUCACACUCUCGUAUCAUGGCACUCCAAGUUGAAUAUACAUAGAACUGUACUCUCCUCAUCUACUCGUCCAUGACAUUCCAAACGAAAGAUCAGAACGAAUAGUGUGUGAAAAUGUUCAGGACAUACGUUGCAACAGAAUUGUGAGUUUACAACACCAAGAUGUUUUUACUUCUACCAAUUGACUAUGUUCUUUAUGCGUGGUGCGAUCAUCUGUGUGAUGUUCUCACUGACCAGCAUGUCUUGUCCAUAGAAAGAUUGAGCACGAUCUCGUGACCCAUCAAGACUCGGCCGUUACACGGUCCAACCAACUAAUCUGAGCUAUUUCUUUCAUAUUGUCCAAACUGCUCACAGUAAUGUAUUUUGUGACUAAUUCUUCAGCAAUGUAGUAUUAUCUAGUUUGUUUUUGAGUGUGUAAAAUAAAUUGACUGUGUUUCUUGCAUUA